GAAAAGUUGUGCAAAAAGUCUCACGGUAAACGUGCCGAUUUGCAAUUCCCUAACCAAUUGUUUUGAGAGUAAAUGUAGCUGAUGUACAACCAUUAUAUGGCUGGAUUAGAGGACUUCGAGCGGUAUCUGGAAGAUGAAGAUGAGUUAGAUAAUGUCAGGUUUUCAUCUGCAUACAAAUCCACGCUGGACGAUGGGCAGCUAUUUCAAAUCAUCAACUCUGAGCGAGAUCUUACGCUUCCACUGCAAAAGCACAAGAACGUUCAGCCCAUGUACGAAAGUCCGGACGAUGAGAUAUCGUUGCGGAAGUACCUCGGUGCAAGCGUUAACCUCAUCAGCCUGAUUACGGAGAACCUGCUAUGCCAUCCGUUUCUUGUGCUGCGGAGACAGUGCCAGGUGCAUCACACAGCUAAACGCUACCAUGUGGUUCCGUUCACGCUGCUUCCCGUAAUUGUGCAUCUGCACCAACGCCAAGGGGUAACUACGCUAUGGAAGGGCAUCGGAAGUGUGCUGCUUGUUCGUGGCAUGACGUUGGCGGUCGAGGAUGUGAUAUCAAAAUUUACACCCUGGCCAAAGGAAAUUAAUACUAAGACUACUGUUAAACAAUUCGGUCAGCAUCUGCUGCUAAAAUGCAUAAGCAUAGCGGCUGUAGUACCAUUCUACUCUGCGUCACUCGUUGAAACCGUCCAGAGUGACAUUGCCAGUGAAAAACCCGGUAUUUUCGACGUUUUUCGCGAAGGAGCCAGUCGUCUACUUUCCUGGAGUGUACCGCAGAAGGGUCGAAUGCUGCCGGUAUGGGCUUUGGUUGGACCAAGCAUAGGUCUUGGAUUAUCCAAAUACAUUUGCCAGCUUUUUAUUCGUGGAAUAUCUACGAGGAUCAUGUGCAGACGGGUAACGUUCUAUGAGGAGCGUCGUGGUGCACGCACUCGAGAUUUUGCCGCUCAAAGCCAAGUGAUCGAGGUUUACUCCACCAUGAUCUCGCUGAUGGCCACGGAAAUGAUCUUUUACCCGUUCGAAACCAUCUUGCACCGGAUCCAGCUGCAGGGCACUCGCACAAUCAUCGAUAACCUGGAUUCUGGCUACUCAGUCGUGCCCAUUCUUACCAGCUACGAAGGGGUAGUUGAUUGCUACCGACAAACCUUGGCUACCGAAGGCAUCAGCGGGCUUUAUAAAGGGUUCGGGGCAAUGAUUCUUCAGUUUGCUGCCCACGUGGCCGUGAUCAAGCUGGGCAAAUGGUUCAUUACACAGAUUUCAGAGCUGAUGUCGAGCAAACCUCCGGCGAAGGUGGUGGAAUUUUACAAACUGGAAGGCAAAACUCCCAUCGGUUCAGCUACGAUGUCCCGGAGCAUCAGUGGCAUCAGUUCACUUAGCGAGGAAAUAUCGUAGUAUGUUGCAGCUGCACGUUAAUUGAGAAAAUAAAAAAUAUGUUUGU